CAGCGGCUACUUCCACCCACUGCUUCGGACCUGGCAGGCAGCUGCCACCACCCUCAGUGCCUCCAACCUCAUCUACCCCAUCUUUGUCACGUGAGUCCCCAGAAUGACCCGGGUGUUUGAUCCGAAGGGUAUGUGUGGUGGGUGGGUGUGUUUGUGACCGGAGCUGGCAUCUGUUGCGGGUGGUAAAGGGAGCUGCCAGCUUGGAGCUCAAGGCUUAGGAAGUGGCCUGCUGGGUUAAGGACAACUGUCUUAAGAACAAAACAAAUCUUGAAAAGAACUCGAUCUUCCCAUUUGGAAAAUAAGAGUAACCCUUACCUGCCAUCCUGAGCUUUUGCAAUGACAGGAGCUGGGAAGGUAUUCUGUGGAUUGUCAAGUGCUAUGUACACGUAAGAGGUGGCAGUCAUGAUUAUUAAUAAUAGCAACAGCUGACCUUUAUUGAGUACUCACUGUGUACCACGUACUAUGCUAAGCAUCUGCUUCUGUUAUCUUUCAGUCCUGACAACAUCCGUAUGCAGAAGGGAUGUUCCUGAUGAUGUGCAGCCUAUCGCCAGCCUUCCAGGAGUGGCCAGGUAUGGCGUGAACCGGCUAGAAGAGAUGCUGAGGCCCCUGGUGGAAAAGGGCCUGCGCUGCGUCCUGGUCUUUGGUGUUCCCAGCAAAGUUCCCAAGGAUGAGCGGGGCUCUGCAGCUGACUCCGAGGACUCCCCCACUGUUGAGGCCAUUUGUCUGUUGCGCAAGACCUUUCCAGGCCUGCUGGUGGCCUGUGACGUCUGUCUGUGCCCCUACACCUCCCAUGGUCACUGCGGGCUUCUGAGCGAGAAUGGAUCUUUCCAGGCCGAGGAGAGCCGCCAGCGGCUGGCAGAGGUGGCUCUGGCCUAUGCCAAGGCAGGAUGUCAGGUAGUAGCUCCGUCGGACAUGAUGGAUGGACGCGUGGAAGCCAUCAAGGAGGCUCUGAUGGCACAUGGACUUGGCAACAGGGUAUCGGUGAUGAGCUAUAGUGCCAAAUUUGCUUCCUGUUUCUACGGACCUUUCCGGGACGCGGCUCAGUCAAGCCCAGCUUUUGGAGACCGCCGCUGCUACCAGCUUCCACCCGGAGCACGAGGCCUGGCCCUCCGAGCAGUGGACCGGGAUGUCCGGGAAGGAGCCGACAUGAUUAUGGUGAAGCCAGGAAUGCCCUACCUGGACAUUGUGCGGGAGGUGAAGGACAAGCACCCGGAGCUCCCGCUUGCCGUGUACCAUGUUUCUGGAGAGUUUGCUAUGCUGUGGCAUGGAGCCCAGGCUGGAGCGUUUGAUCUCAAGGCUGCUGUACUGGAGGUCAUGACCGCCUUCCGCAGAGCUGGUGCCGACAUCAUCAUCACUUACUACACACCUCAGCUAUUGCAGUGGCUGAAGGAGUGAUGGAGAGUGUGUGCAAGACCCAAGAACUAGGACUUUACAAAGGUCCCGGGGCCUUGGAGAAGUGAAAACCAAAGUAAAUGCUGCUUUUAGAACUGUGCCCUGGUGCCCUCUUCCUGCUCACACACCGGCAGGUGCCCAGCAGUUCCAGGUGGUUUCUGUCAGCAUGCCAAACCUUACCACUCUCAGCCACGUCUUCAUGGGCUCCGCCAAGCUUCACCACCCUCCCCUGGGUCAACCCUGAGGCCACCUCUACCACUCUAGCUCCUUCCUCUGGUGUGGCGUCAGCUUGAAAGCUCCCAGGAGUCAUGGGCACCAGUUCUUGGGGCCUGGGAGAGGGGCUUGGAGCAUUAGGGGAAGAGGAAGGCAGUUGGAUCCUGGGUCCUCAGGAGCUCUAGAAAGCCCAAGGCCUCUGGCUGCAUUGCUAGGCGUGGGACUGAGGCCUAGAUUGACAUUCCGGGGUUCAAAGUUGAGAUUUGCUGCGAUUCCACUGGAAGGCGAUUCCCACACAGCCAGUGGUCGCCAGGCUGCCUGAGAUCUGCUCUACUCUGAGCCAUAAACCCAGACAAGAAUUACUCAUUAAUGAGCAGAAAUAUUGCCUGGGGAUCAAAAUUCAGACGCAAAGAGAAAGUUCCUGACUGUUGGAGAUGCCACCGUCAAAAAGGCUUUUUAUUAAAGAAAUAUUUUUUGAAAGCGUG